AUGGACGACCCUGCAUUUGAGACUGAUACGGAUCUGUCAACGCAGAGUAUACUGCUCGCCGCCGCAAACCAUGAUAUCUCCGCCCUUCGCAAUCUCCUCCGCAACUCUUCUGCCAACGUACAAGACUCCGAGACACUUUUCACACCUCUACACGCCGCAAUCGCCGCCUGUGAACCCGAUAACGAGGAUGAAAAGGCCCAGACCAAUGGGGACGUCGAUGGUGUUACCAAGGCUCGUGAAGAGGAAAUCGAAGCCGCAGUCAAGACCAUGAAGCUGCUGUUCGAAAAUGGCGCAAUCUGGAAUGAUCUCGAUGCAAAUGGUGAAACUCCUGGGUGCAUAGCACAUAGGCUUGGCCUGAAAGAGCUGUAUGAGUUAUGUGUGGACGCUGGUGUACGAGCCGAGCUUCUGUUGAGCCGCUUGGAUCAAUACCAGCAACUAGGAGGCGCCAGUUCGGAUGAGGAUGACGAAGACGAAGACGAAGAAACCGAAGGUAAUGAUAUCGAGGUAGUUGAAGAUGGCGUUGAAGUUGUGGAUUUGAACAAGGGCGAUGCUCAAGGCGACGAGUCCACGGAAAACCCCAAUUAUUUGGCGUCCAACCUCACUUUCGAACGAGACCGCCUCACCGAUUCAGAUGCGAAUGGUGUCAUGAUGGAGUGGGAAACCACAUUGAUGCGAAGAUCCGCAGAACUUCUCCUGCCUGCGCCUGGCCUUCGCGUCUUGAACGUUGGGCACGGCAUGGCCAUUAUCGACUCUAUAUUCCAGGAGAAGCAGCCCAAGGCCCAUCACAUCAUCGAAGCACAUCCAGAUGUGCUGAAGCGCAUGAAGGAACAAGGAUGGUACGAAAAACCAGGAGUUGUCAUUCAUGAAGGACGGUGGCAGGACGUAGUGCCACGCCUUGUGGAGAAGAACGAGAUGUUCGACGCUAUCUACUUUGACACGUUCGCUGAGGAGUACAAGGAUCUCCGCGAAUUCUUCAGCGAAUAUGUCAUUGGCAUGCUCGAUCCAGCAGGUGGUUCAGACGGCGAUGGCGGCAAGUUCGGCUUUUUCUGCGGCAUGGGUGCGGACCGCCAGGUUGUGUACGACGUUUACAACAAGAUUGCCGAAAUCGACCUCUUCGAGGCUGGCUUUGACACCGAGUGGGAAACAAUACCGGUACCCAAUCUCGACGAGCAAGGUGAAUGGGACGGAGUGAGAAGGAAGUACUGGGCUCUGCCAAACUACAAGCUGCCAACGUGCAGUUUCAUUGGUUGA